AUGGACAAGCCUGUGAAACUAGCCAAGGUAUUUUGAUUUUCCUCGAUCUAACAUGGCUGAUUUUUAACUUUAACUAACUGGUGGCCCUCAAAUGACCCCACUCUAAGUUUCAACUUAGAUAAUUGUAGAUAUUUGCGUGAGUUUUCGAUAUUUUUACCAAAUUUCGGAAAUUCGCCGAACCAUUCCUUACAGGAUAAAAUUUACGUUAAAUGUAUUUAAAGGAGGCUCUGUUAGGGUUUAUUCGUAGAUGAAAAAAUUAAAAGAAGCUAAGGAUAGGACAAAUCAUGACAAUUUUUUCGAAUCAUGCAAGUUACGAUUCGAUGUAAAGGCUCAGUAAUAUAUAUAUACAUGUUGUGUUUUAUGAAGCGAGCAAAUCUGAUGUGACUCUCUUUCCUUCACUAGGUUACCAAAUGUUUGGGAAGAACCGGCUCUCAAGGUCAGUGUACUCAGGUAAGUAAACGUCUUCAUGUUCCCUUACUCUACUGCUCGUAAUCGUACGCUUAUCGAAUAUGAAGUCUUUCAAUGAUAUUCAUAUGAAGUAUAUGGACAGGCGAUGGUUGUUAAAGGCAGCACGGCAAUAAGCAGGGGAAAUUGUUAGUAAAGAUGAAACAUAAAUAGCAUUGUCUUUAUAAGUGUAAGAGAAAGCUAAUGUACGAGACAGGUCAGAACCAUUCUAAUGGCUUUCCAAUGAUACUAAAGGCAAUACUUUUGGAAAGGUUAACAGGGUAAUUUAGUGUAAUCAGCUGAGUUGAUAACGCAAAUUGGUCAUUGUAAAGAGUGAAAAGGCUGACAUUUCGAGUGUUAGCCCUUCAUAAGAGCAAUUUUGGAAAAGUUACCAACCAUCUAUAAUGGAGUGUGUUAGUUUGGGCCAUUGUGGAAGGAAGGAGGAAGGAUUUGGAUGGAAAAAUAGAAUGUCUUAUUCUGUUGCACACAGGAAUCGCUAAGCUGUGGUUGUGACCUUAGCUUUCUCUGUGAUUGAGCUACCUUGUUAAUAUGGUUUGAACAAAGAUAACAAUCUCAUGUGCACAUUCAAACUCCCAAACACUUAAAUUUCAUUGUCCAAUGCUCCUCUAACUAGGGUAAAGUGAUCUUGUAAAGGUUAACUUGCACACAGUCAAGUCUGAUAAGAUCUUCAUAUCUUCUUACACAGGGUAAUGCUUGUGAAACAGCUCAUAACUGCACAUUGUUUAUACAAUCAACUAAACAGCAAUGCACUUUUUACUAUUCAACCCAUUAAUUCCCAGAGUGACUAGGAUCUAAUUUCUCCUUACAUUGUCAUCCCCAAAUCACACGUUAAGGUAAUGAGAAUAAAGAAAAUGGUCACCAACUGGAGAAGCUCUGGAUUAUGAAACAAAUUCUCCUUAUCAGCACCUUAGAGAAUGUAUAGAGAACAGUAUGGAGAAUAUGCAUACUGAUGUUAGGGUGGAAAGAGUAAAGAAAAUGAUGUUUUUCUUGUAUUCUUGUAACUUUUUCAUUAAUUGAAUUCUCUGGUAAUUUUUUAGGUACGAGUAGAGUUUCUUGAUGACACAAACAGAUCCAUCAUCCGUAAUGUCAAAGGACCAGUCAGAGAGGGAGAUAUCUUGACUUUACUGGAAUCAGAACGUGAAGCCAGAAGGCUAAGAUAG